AUGCUCGCCGCCGGCACCUAUCAAUGCGUCUUGCUUCUUCUGCUGAGCCCCCAGUGUUGCUGCGCUCGGAUGAUCCGCGGCAGGGCCACUCGAUCAAUCAAUCAAGGGGAAAACACCUGCCACCGCUGCCCGCAGCUAUGGGGGCUCCAAGACCACUUGCCCUCGUCUCCCUCCGCAUCAAGAGCAAGCCUCUUGCCUGCACUGAGUAGCAGGACCACCUGCCGAGCACCGAGCGAGAGAGAGAGAGAGUGUGUGUGUGUGUGUGUGCGCGGCAAAGAGAAAAUAAAAGUUUUCAAGCAGCAAAAGCGUGUGUGUGAAUUUUCGAGAGAGAGAGAGAGUUUCAGAGAGAGAGAAAGCUCAGAGAGAGUAAGUUUCAGAGAGAGGUCAGAGAGAGAGAGAGAGCUUCAGAGAGAGAGAGAGAGAGAGAGAGCUUCAGAGAGAGAGAGAGAGAGAGAGAGAGAGCUUCAGAGAAGAGAGAGGGAGAGAGAGAGAGAGACUGCUUCAAAACUUCAGAGAGAGAGAAAAUUCGAGUGA